GGUUUAAGGAUGAUGGAUGCUUUGUCGGUGGUGUGUCAGCUGCGGGAUCUGGCUUCUGAGUCGCAGAACCGGGAGGUGAUAGUUCAGGACCAGGGCUGCCUUCCUGGGCUGGUUUUAUUCCUGGAUCACAAGAAUCCAGAAGUUCUGUUUGCGACUCUGCAGACCCUUCGUUAUUUGGCUGAAAUGCCUCUCAAUAUUCCCAUCAUGAAGAAUGAACUGGGUAUGAUGGUGAGCCUGGAAAAUCUUAUCCAAAGGGAGGGCCCAUCUGUUGACAUCACAGCCUUGGCAAAGGAGGUUUACGGCAUUCUGCUUUCGCCCACAAUUCCUGCACCCUGCACGCCCGAGAGGCAGAGACGAAAGAAGUCCCAGUUCUUCAUCAAUUCCUCCAACAAGAAGGCCAAAUCUGUGACACUACACAUCCAGGGGCUGGAGACCACUCACCAGCGAAGCUUAUGCGAGGAGGCUCUUUUGAAAGUCAAAGGAGUGAUCAGCUUCACGUUUCAAAUGGCUUCCAAGAGAUGCACGGUCCGCGUCCGUUCAGACCUUCCCACCGAGACUUUGGCAUCAGCCAUCGCUGCCACUAAGGUGCUGUCGGCUCAGCAGGUGUUGAAAAAUGAGGCAGGAGAGGAGGUCUACGUCCAGCUGAACUCGAUCGGAGUGCAGGUGCAGCAAAACUCAGCUCUUCCAGAUUACCUCCCAGAGGAUGAGGAAAGCCCAGAGAGGGAGGCGGACCGAGCCGUUUCCCGCACUGCAGCCAAGGAAGACUCCAACGGAAGCUGGCUCAACACGGCUGCCAGUUUCCUCACUAAAACCUUCUACUGGUGAAGCUGGGAUGCUGUGGAGCACUGGGACCAAGUCAGAGUCGGUGGGUUACUGAAGUGGACUUUACGAGUCUUCAGUAACCGCAUCUUAUUAACAGAUUACUGACAUGCUAUGACUGUUGGCUUGAAGUGAGAUUUCAACACUCAAGAUUUCUCUUUCCACUUGUUUUAUCCAUUUUAAAUGUUUCUUUUACAUCUUUUUCACACGUAAAUAUUCUAGUAUUCCGAUUUUCUGCUUUCCUGUCGUAGUUGUUUUGGGUUCUGCUACAAUAAAUGUACCAGUGCUGUUCGUGUGGGAGGAAAUCAUUCCAAAGUGAAUUUUUGGGAAUCUCAAUUCAAAGUUUUAUUUUCUUGCCAAGUAAUAGAACUGUACAGAGAAUUCAGUAAUACACAACUCUUCCUAGCCCUUCUCCUAUGAAGGAAAGGGGUGUGAGGAAAAAUAAACUUUGUAUUUAGAAGA